CCUUUAAAAUUAAUCUAAAAAUGGCCAGAAAACGGCAAACAACUGCUCAAAAACGGGUUCUGGAGAUGGCUAAAGCACGAAACGAAGAAGUCUUACAGGAGGAAUUAGGCGAACCAAGUGUAAGUACUUGUAAACAAAUACAAUUUUUCUAUAACCCCACUUCAGCUUUUUAUUAUAGCGCUCCACAAAAAAGCAUCCGAAAACCCUCAAAACUUUGCCAUUCAGCGCUGCAACAGAGCUCUUUGAUGAGACACUUCUCCCCCACGAAGGUGUCGAAAUCGAUUCAUGCUCGGAGGCCACAGAUGGCCUUGGCCGUUGCGUUUUGUGGUGGCCGUGAGAACCAGGGAAUUUCAGAGGACGCAACAGAAGCUAUUGGGCUGACCGAUAAGCAAGUAUGUGCCUGUGAACUACAAGCGAAAGUGUAUGAACUGGAGGCCCAGGUGAUUGACAUGCAAGCAGAAUUAGAGCAAGCAAAAGAAAAGAUGUCAAAACUCAAGAAGAAGAAACACAGCCUUAAAAUUUCUCACGCAAAACUUCAGCAGGCCCUGGUUUCAAAAGUUCUUCCUACCUCGGUAAAACCAUUUAGAGAUGAAGGAUUCCCAUCCAGCGAAAUCAUACUUAGAAUGUCUAUGGAGGAAGAGAACAGCGACUACUUGUUCGUCAAGUUUUUAAUGACUCCUAUCUGGCCGGUGGGAUUUAAAGGCAGGAGAACAUCCAACAAUCCUACAGGGCGCCCGAAAAGCAAAUCGAAAGCAACAUGA